AUGGAAGACUCGACCGAAGAAGAUAGUGUCCUUGUCGAUCCUGAUCGCGAUGCAUAUGAGGAUUUAUCCAGGGGACCGACCCCUUCGCGCGGGGUAAGGAGAUCUCUUCGAUCAGUUAACAAGAGUAGCCUCCGCCAGAUAUCCACUACUGAUGUGGGCGAUGGCGAAUCAAGCGACGAUCCUCUGACUGACAUUGAAUCGGUCUCUUCUGCAUCUUCCUCGGAUGAGGAUGAAGUUCUAGUCUCACCAAGGCGCUCCAGGAUCGGAAAUAUGCGUAAUGCUAGAGGACGAGCCGCCACACGAGGGGUUUCACGCAGAGCGGGCAGAAAUCCUCGCUCAGAGCCAGCAGAGACAGGAAGGAGGGGGUCCCGUGCUCUCAAGGAAAGACUAAAACUUGAAAGGCAGCAUCCAUGCGUCACUACAAUGUGGGAUGAUUUGAGGAACACUCCACCGAUGAAGCCGGUAAUGGCGGAACAACCUCCGGGUAUAUCGAGAGCACUCAAGCCAUUCCAGCUUGAAGGUCUGAGCUGGAUGAUGCAACAAGAAGAAUCACAUUACAAGGGAGGGUUAUUGGGAGACGAAAUGGGCAUGGGAAAGACAAUCCAGGCCGUUUCCCUUCUUAUGUCUGAUUACCCGGCUGGUAGGCCAUCGCUUGUCGUUGUUCCUCCAGUUGCUUUGAUGCAAUGGCGAUCAGAGAUUAAAGAAUAUACGAAUGGUCAAUUGAAUGUCCUCAUCUACCACAAUUCGAACCCGAAGGUCAAAACCCUCUCAAAGCAGGAUCUUCUGGCCUAUGAUGUGAUAAUGAUUUCUUAUUCUGGUCUCGAAUCAAUUCACCGCAAAGAACUGAAAGGGUGGAAUCGCGAUGAUGGAAUCAUCCAGGAGAACAGCGUCAUUCAUUCUAUUCAUUAUCAUCGCUUGAUCCUGGAUGAAGCGCAUAGCAUUAAGCAACGUACAACUAGUGUCGCCCGUGCAUGCUUCGCACUGAAAGCAAACUACAAAUGGUGUCUGUCGGGCACUCCUGUCCAAAAUCGGAUUGGAGAGUUUUUUUCUCUCCUUCGCUUUCUGGAUGUCCGGCCGUUUGCCUGCUACUUUUGCAAGCAGUGCCAGUGCCAGCAGCUUCACUGGUCACAGGAUGCAGCCAAAAAAUGCACUGACUGCGGGCAUAGUGGGUUCAGCCAUGUCUCAAUCUUCAACCAGGAAAUUUUGAAUCCUAUCACUGAGAGGGAUAAUCCGGAAGGACGCAAGGAGGCAUUGUCGAAGCUUCGCCUCAUAACUGAUAGGAUCAUGCUGCGGCGAAUAAAAAGAGAUCAUACAGCUUCGAUGGAGCUUCCACCAAAGCGUGUCAUUCUCCAUAACGAAUUCUUUGGAGAGAUUGAACGUGAUUUCUCUCGGAGCAUCAUGACUAACACGACGAGGCAAUUUGAUACGUAUGUAAGCCGUGGUGUCAUGUUGAACAAUUACGCAAAUAUCUUCGGCCUUAUCAUGCAGAUGCGCCAGGUUGCGAAUCACCCAGACCUCAUUUUGAAGAAACACGCAGAAACCGGGCAAAACGUACUUGUCUGCUGCAUUUGCGACGAACCGGCGGAAGAAGCAAUUCGUUCCCGUUGCCAUCAUGAGUUUUGCCGCAGAUGCGCCAAAGACUAUGUUAGGUCGUUCGAUGUGGGCUCAAUCGUCGAUUGCCCUCGGUGCCACAUCCCUUUGUCGAUCGAUUUCGAACAGCCUGACAUCGAGCAAGAGGAAGAGUGCAUCAAGCAAAAUUCCAUCAUCAAUCGGAUCCGCAUGGAGGACUGGACAUCGUCAACCAAGAUUGAGAUGCUUGUUUACGAGCUUUAUAAACUGAGAAGCAAGAAGCAGACACUGAAGUCAAUUGUCUUCUCCCAAUUCACCUCGAUGUUGCAACUUGUGGAAUGGCGUCUACGUCGAGCUGGUUUCAACACCGUCAUGCUCGAUGGAACUAUGACACCGGCACAACGCCAAAAUUCUAUCGAAUACUUUAUGAACAAUGUCGAUGUCGAAGUGUUUCUAGUUUCCCUCAAGGCCGGCGGUGUGGCUUUGAAUUUAACCGAGGCCUCGAGAGUUUUUAUCGUUGACCCGUGGUGGAACCCAGCUGCAGAAUGGCAGAGUGCAGACCGAUGUCAUCGCAUCGGCCAGCGCCGACCUUGUGUCAUAACUCGAUUGUGCAUUGAAGAUUCGGUAGAAUCUCGAAUAGUUAUGCUACAAGAGAAGAAGGCCAACAUGAUCAACGGUACCAUUAACAAAGAUCAAGGAGAGAAACUAGAGAAGCUUACCCCAGAAGACAUGCAAUUUUUGUUUAGAGGAUCUUAG